GCGGGAGCAGUGUUUCGGUCGGCAAAAGAGGUAACGUGGAGCGCCACCACACUCAAGUCCACGGUAACUUUGCGCGGGAUUUUCCAGCAGGCAGCACUCUACGGACUGAGAAAGUGAACCAGCUGAAAGCAAACCUUAAAAAACAGCAAUGUUUAUUCAUCGGACCGACGAAGAAAGCCAACGCGGCCACGGAGGCAUCAUUUAAAGUGGCGCACAUUUUGACAAAACACAAGAAGCCAUACACCGAUGGCGGGAUGGUGAAGGAAGCAAUGACAGCGGUGGCCGACACAUUAUUCAAGGACCAUAAAAGUAAGACUGAAAUCAUGUCCGCUAUCGCUGAUGUACAGCUUGGCGCAAACACAGUGGCACGGCGAGUGUCUGCGCUCUCUGCCGAUGCAGUGGGUCAGUUGGAGCGGGACAUGAUUAAAUGCAAAUGGUUUUCAAUUCAAUGUGACGAGUCGGUGGAUGCGGCUGAUACCGCUCAGAUGGCUGUGUUUGUCCGGAUGGUUUUCGAAGACGCUUCCACCAGAGAGGAGUUUUUAACGUUGCUUCCACUAAAAACCACAACCAGAGGAGUCGAUAUUUACAACGUUGUGAAAAAGUACUUCGUUGAACAUAACGUGCCUAUUGAAAAGCUGGUGUCUAUUACAACAGACGGCGCACCAGCUAUGACAGGACGCCACUCAGGAUUUAUUGCACUGUGCAAGGCCGACCCGGACUUUCCUAAAAUUGUGAACUAUCACUGCAUCAUUCACCAGCAGGCUAUAUGCGCCAAAGUCAUGAGAUUUGAUCAUGUGAUGACACCUGUCAUUAAGAUCAUCAACUCCAUUCGCGCAAAGGCCAAGCAGCACAGAAGCUUCAAACUGCUCCUCCAGGAACUGUCUGCUGAACACAGUGAUCUCCUUCUCCACACUGAGGUGAGGUGGCUGAGCCGAGGAAAAAUACUGCAUCGCUUCUGCUCAUUGCUGAACGAAAUCAAGGCUUUCAUGGAGUCAAGAGAGGAGGACACUACACUUUUGUCUGAUGCUGAGUGGCUGCUUGAUCUUGCGUUCCUGACAGACAUGACAGAGAAACUCAAUCAGCUCAACACCCAGUUACAAGGUAAAGACAGAACAAUUUCGGACAUGAUCAGUGCUGUUAAGGCUUUUAAAGCAAAACUGUCAUUCUACCUCCAGCAACUGAAAAACAAAAGACUGCAACACUUCCCAACAGUAGUUAAGAUGUUAGAUAGCCAUGCAGGGGCUGACUUUGUUUUGGAUGUCAAUAAAUAUUGUGACCUCAUGUCAAAGCUAGGCCAGGAGUUUGAGGAUAGGUUCAAUGAUUUUGAUAAGCUGGAGCCAUGUGUGGCAUUCAUUGCCAACCCAUUCAUGGAGGUAGACAUCACAGAGAUUUCAGAAAAGAUGGCUGAACUGUUCACUGUCAAUCCUGUGGAGAUGGAGAUGGAGGUUAUAAAUCUCCAGAAUCAUGUUCAGCUUAAGUCUCAGCAACACUCACAACAUUUCUGGAGCCUUGUAGACCCAGAAAACUACAAGAACAUUCACCAAGCAGCACUUAAAAUUUCUGCUUUAUUUGGUUCGACAUACCUUUGUGAAGCUGCUUUUUCUGACAUGAAUGUCAUCAAAUCUAAAUUCAGAACAAGACUGACAGAUGAACAUUUAAAUGACUGUAUUAGAGUGAACCUGAGCGCAUACACUCCAGCAUACACCUCUUUGGUGGACUCCAUGCAGUGCCAGUCAUCUCACUAAGUUUUAAAAAGAGUGAGUGUACUAAUGUUUUCUUGGACCUUUGAUGUUGAGUUAUUGUGUUAUUGUUAUUGAGUUGAGUUAUUUUUGAUAAGCAUUGUGUAUUGCAAUUGCACACGUGUACAAACAGAAGGACUCCAUGCAGUGCCAGUCAUCUCACUAAGUUUUAAAAAGAGUGAGUGUACUAAUGUUUUCUUGGACCUUUGAUGUUGAGUUAUUAAGUUAUUGUAUUAGAGUUGAGUUAUUUUUGAUAAGCAUUGUGUAUUGCAAUUUCACACGUGUACAAACAGAAGCACGUGUGAUUAAUUAAUCAGUUAAUCAGUUAAUCAGUUAAUAAAUGCAUAAUAAAUUCAUGCAUUUAUUAAUCAGUUCAUUAAUAAAUAUGUGCGAUGUGAUGCAAGUAGCUCUUGGCCACUUAAUUUUUUUCUAAGUAGCUCUCAGUUGAAAAAAGGUU